AUGGCUUACUCUUCCUCACAAAGCGACAGGAUACUUUUCAAAAAAAAAAGUGAUGAUUAUAGCCAAUGUACACCAAUAUGGACAAUUUAUGCUUACAAAUAUGACAUUCAAAUGCAAUUAGCUGAAACAGAUCAAGAAAAGCAUCAAUUAACAACUAAUUUCUAUCAGGUUCUUCGAUUAGAAAAAAUGUAUAAUAUAACACAUUUAUUGCUUGUUUUUUGGAUUCCAACAACAAUUAUUGCAUUUUCAUAUAUGUUUGUCAUUUGUAAAUUUAAUUCGAUGAAACGACGAAAUUGGCAUACUGAUCGUCCUUCAUACAUUACUUAUAUUAUUUCACGUAUAUCACGGAAUAAACAGUAUGGCAAUUUAAAUGCUAGCUCAAGAAUAGCAAUGACAGCAGUUACGUCAACGUCAACGUCAACUAAUGCGCAUACAAUUUCAAUGGAAAAUAAUUCGCCGAUUGUUACGUUAGAUUCUUCUACUACUAUUGGUCCAUUAGUCUUACAAACAUUAUGUAAAGCUUCAAAGAUAGCUAAACGUCAAGCAGCAUUGACACUUAUUGCAUAUUUAAUUUUAUGGUCACCGUACAAUAUGCUAGCAAUGAUGAAUACAUUAACAAUGCCAACAGAAAAUGACGGAGUUUUCAUGGAUACAUUAAAUUUUUUAAAUGCGCUAAUUGUUUUUAAUCCAGUCGUUAAUCCUAUAAUUUAUGGCCUUUUUUAG